UGCGUAUCGCCGGGAGAAACUGCUAACGAUCGAAAUCUCGCUUGCCUGUGAUCUCGGGUUUGUGAUUGAUGCCCUGGAAGAUCUACACUAUAUUGCAGAUGACAGCCUAAGAAAAUAGAAGUAUGCGGUUACUGAUAGUUGUUUGGUUGUUCGAACAUAUCACUUGUUUACCAGACACUAUUCCUAUUGGUGGCCUUUUCCAUCCGGCAGACGAUAAGCAGGAAAUUGCAUUUCGAUACGCAGUCGAGAAAAUCAACAACGAUCGUUCGAUCCUGCCGAGAUCAAAGCUCAGCGCUCAGAUUGAAAAAAUCCCGCCUCAGGAUAGUUUCCAUGCUUCGAAAAAAGUGUGCCACCUUCUCCGAACCGGAGUAGCAGCCAUUUUUGGUCCCCAAUCGGCUCACACUGCCAGUCACGUUCAGUCGAUAUGCGAUACAAUGGAAAUUCCACAUCUGGAGACACGCUGGGACUACAGACUCCGCAGGGAAAGUUGCCUAGUUAAUCUAUAUCCGCAUCCGAUAACGCUUUCGAAGGCCUACGUCGACCUAGUUAAGGCUUGGGGAUGGAAGUCCUUCACCAUAAUUUACGAGAACAACGAGGGGUUGGUUCGAUUGCAGGAGUUACUAAAAGCACAUGGACCCUACGAAUUUCCUAUAACGGUCCGUCAGUUGGGAGAGGGUUCUGAUUACAGGCCUCUGCUGAAACAAAUAAAGAACUCGGCUGAAUCCCACAUAGUGCUGGAUUGCUCGACGCAGAGGAUUUACGACGUCCUGAAGCAGGCGCAACAGAUAGGGAUGAUGAGCGACUAUCACAGCUAUCUUAUCACGUCCCUGGACCUUCAUGGUGUCAACUUGGAAGAGUUUAAAUAUGGUGGCACUAAUAUCACAGCUUUUCGGUUGGUGGAUCCAGACGGUCCAGAGGUUCAUAGAAUCCUUAGGGACUGGAACGCUGGAAUUGAUAUCAAAAACAGAAAAGGAGAACCACCGCCAUUGUACAGAGAUAUCCAGGAUAACACAACAUUUGUAAAGGCCGAAACAGCAUUAAUGUAUGACGCAGUUCACUUGUUCGCCAAAGCCCUUCACGACUUGGACACCAGCCAGCAAAUUGAUAUCAAGCCGCUCAGUUGCGAUGCAGUAGAUUUUUGGCCUCACGGAUACAGCCUCAUUAAUUACAUGAAAGUGGUGGAGAUGAAGGGUCUGACGGGAGUCAUCAAGUUCGAUAACCAAGGAUUCAGGACCGAUUUCGUCCUGGAAAUAAUAGAACUGAACAGGGAAGGGCUCAAGAAGAUCGGGACGUGGAAUUCGACGGAGGGUGUCAAUUUUACGAGAACCUACGGAGAGGCCUACACGCAGAUCGUGGAGAUUAUACAGAAUAAGACGUUCAUUGUCACCACGUUGUUGAGCGCCCCAUACGUCAUGCUGAAAGAAACUAGUGAAAAACUGUCGGGAAACGCACAAUUCGAGGGGUACGCAGUCGACUUGAUCCACGAGAUAUCCAGAGUAUUGGGCUUUAACUACACCAUCAGAUUGGUGCCAGAUGGGAGACACGGAUCGCUGAAUCGAGAGACCAAAGAAUGGGACGGACUUAUCAGGGAAUUGCUGGAUCAAAAGGCGGAUUUGGCGAUAGCGGACCUUACGAUUACGUAUGACAGAGAGCAAGCUGUCGAUUUCACGAUGCCUUUCAUGAACUUGGGCAUUAGCAUUCUCUACAGGAAACCCAUCAAGCAACCGCCAAAUUUGUUCUCUUUCCUGUCGCCAUUGUCGCUCGAUGUCUGGAUUUAUAUGGCCACGGCUUAUCUCGGGGUCUCCGUUUUGCUGUUUAUUCUGGCCAGAUUCACCCCGUACGAGUGGCAGAACCCUCACCCAUGCAACCCGAACCCCGACCAUUUGGAGAACCAGUUCACGUUGUUCAACUGCAUGUGGUUCGCCAUCGGUUCCCUGAUGCAGCAAGGAUGCGACUUUUUACCCAAAGCCGUUUCUACAAGAAUGGUAGCCGGAAUGUGGUGGUUUUUUACUUUAAUCAUGAUCUCUUCGUAUACGGCCAACUUGGCAGCAUUUCUCACAGUGGAGAGAAUGGACUCUCCGAUCGAAACGGCCGAGGAUCUAGCGAAACAGACAAAAAUCAAAUACGGAGCCCUCAGGGGUGGCUCGACUGCGGCCUUCUUUAGGGACUCUAACUUCUCAACAUAUCAGCGGAUGUGGGCAUUCAUGGAGUCCCAGCGACCGCCCGUUUUCACGUCCAGUAACCAAGAAGGUGUCGAGGCGGUGAUAAAAGGCAAAGGUAGCUACGCAUUUCUGAUGGAAUCCACAUCGAUAGAAUAUGUGAUAGAAAGGAACUGCGAGUUAACGCAAGUCGGUGGAAUGUUGGAUUCCAAGGGUUACGGGAUUGCUACACCACCAAAUUCUCCAUUUAGAACUCCAAUCAGUGGUGCUAUUUUAAAACUUCAAGAAGAAGGAAAACUUCACAUAUUAAAGACCCGAUGGUGGAAAGAGAAGAGAGGAGGUGGAAAAUGUCGAGACGAAACCACAAAAACCAGCAGCACCGCCAACGAGCUGGGCCUGGCAAACGUGGGCGGCGUCUUCGUAGUGCUCAUGGGUGGCAUGGGGGUUGCCUGUGUCAUCGCUGUCUGCGAGUUCGUAUGGAAGUCGCGGAAAGUAGCAGUAGAGGAACGGGUGAGCAGCAUUCUGCACGACACGUAGCUAUAAAAGAUAAGAAACAAUAAAUACUAGGUUUUUAUAUGCAUUUCAUCGACUUUAUUGAUAUAUUGUACACUGGUAUCCGUAGAUGUACAUUUGAAUUGGUUAUUGCAAAAAGAUUAAGUCAUUUGAUGGUAUCAUAGAAUACAAUAGCAAGAUUUAAAAAUUAAAUCUCUCUCUUCUCUAUCUUCUCGCUCUCUCUCUCUUCUGUCCCUGUCUCUCCAUCUCCCUCUCCUCUCACUGUCUCUCUAAUGGCGCUAAAGUCCAAAUGAAACCUUGACCUCCUCCAAACUGUGCCUCGAAUCUUGCCGAUCUCCAUCUUCUCAUGACUAGGAAAUUUUGCGCGUCUACUGCCACUUAAUCCUCCACCUUUUCCGUGGCCUUGCUUUUAGUCUUGUCUCUGAAAUUUAACGAACUCUGAGAUCGAUGUCUUUUUGAACACUUGGUAGAUAUCAUGGUUAUACCUAGAUCUUCAUACUCCGUUUUCGUUAACAGAUCCAAAUAUCUUCCUUAAGAUGAUAAUGUGGACAGUUAUAUACCUAGUUUAAUUUUUUUAUGAAAACUGUGAAAGAGGACCAAUGUUUUUUAAAUGAUAAAUAAUUUGCGCCUAAAUACCUAAACGAUUCUUCAAAAUUUGAAAGAUGUAGGUACCACGUUUCGACGGUAUUUUUGUGUACCUCAAAAUGACUUAAAAACAUUUUAGCAAUAAUAAGUUCAUUUGUAAUAUAUUAGUAUUCUCCUUGGACAAAGAUCUAUUGACCAAUAUAUAAAAUUUUACAAUUUUCUGAUUUACUUGUUUAACAAAAUCAUACAUCAAACUUAAAUAAAUGCUAAAAUUUAUAUAACCAAACAAAUGACGAGAUCCUCAGAAUAAUUAGGAAGAACUAUAUAAGAGCUAGUGACUACUAUCAAAUCUCGGAAGUGUACAAUACUUCGUACACUUCGUGCGAAAUGAAUCCCGAUAUAAGCCAUCCUUCAAGUCAAUAUAUUUGAAAACCAAGGUCCAGGAAAAAGAACCUCAGAACCUGGAUGAUUGAUAGCUACAUCAAGAAGAAGAUAUAGACAAGAUAAACAAACAUUUAUGAUUUUUAUUCUGCAUCCAAAGUUGAACAUAAUUCCCAGCGAAUCUUUUGACCUUGUCUGUCCAUCGUGUAGGUGGUCUCCCUCUGCCUCAUAUGUCUGCUUGUGAUCUCCAUACUGUAAUUUUUUGGGUCUACCGCUCGUCAUUCAUUCUUGUCAGCCGUAGUGAUGUUGAAAAAGUAACUAUUUGUUACAAAGUACUCGUUACUUACGAAUACCGAAAGUAACGAUUAAUAUACAGAGAGGCAAAUCGUUACUUUGAUUACUCUGAUGACUUCGUUAUUACUUCGUACCAAUCGUAUCAGAGCUAGUAACGACUAUUGUAUCUACUUUGAUUACUCUGAUUACUUCGUUACUUCAAACAAAUCGUAUUAGAGCGAGUAACGACUAUUGUAUCUACUUUGAUUACUCUGAUUACUUCGUUACUUCGUACCAAUCGUAUCAGAGCGAGUAACAACUAUAGGGCUUUUCAUUCACAGUUAUUUGUUUCGAGCUUCUGUCAUGUGUCGUAUAAUCCGUGUAUAUUAAUAUUAUACACAGAUUAUACAACAUAUGACAGAAGCUCGAAACAAAUGACAAUCGAUGAAAAGUCCUAUUAUAUCUACUUUGAUUACUUUGAUUACUCUGAUUAGUUCGUACAAUCGUAACAGAGCGAGUAAAGACUAUUGUAUCUACUUUGAUUACUUUGAUUACUCUGAUUACUUCGUACAUCGUGAAGGUCGUUAUUAUAUCGGAAUACCUAUAAAAAGUACCUACCUACUGAGAAAUACGAUUCUCGAUAUGAUUACCGGUGCUCAAAUGCAAAAGUAACAAAAGUAAUCAUAGUAAUCAAAUCAUUUUUAUCCCUUAAUAAACAGAUUGGUGAAGGUCGUUGUUAUAUCGGAAUACCUAUACAAACCUACCUACUGAGAAAUACGAUUCUCGAUAUGAUUACCGGUACUCAAAUACAAAAGUAAUCAUAGUAAUCAAAUCAUUUUUAUCCCUUAAACAGAUCGGUGAAGGUCGUUGUUAUAUCGGAAUACCUAUACAAAAUAGUUACCUACUGAGAAAUACGAUUCUAGAUAUGAUUACCGGUACUCAAAUACAAAAGUAACAAAAGUAAUCAUAGUAAUCAAAGUAACGAAUACUGUAAAUGAUUACUUUAUACAAAAUACCUACCUACUGAGAAAUACGAUUCUCGAUAUGAUUACCGGUAGGUACUCAAAUACAAGGCCAAUACGGAUAAAAUAGUAAAGGCACAGAGAGCGAUGGAAAGAUCAAUGCUCGGGGUGAGGCUCAUAGACAAAAUAACAAAUACAUGGAUUAGAAGCAAAACCAAAGUAAAAGACGCAGGAGAACAUGCUGUCAAUUUAAAAUGGAGCUUCGCAGGACACAAUGCCCGACUGAAGGAUAAAAGAUGGAAUCACGAAAUACAACAAUGGAGACCGUGGUUAGGAAGAAGAAGUAGAGGAAGGCCACAAAUGAGAUCGCCCGAUGACAUAAAGAAGUUUGGAGGACACAACUGGAAACAGGUGGCGCAAAAUAGACAACACUGGAUUGAAUUGGGGGAGGUUUAUAUCCAAAGUUGGAUUACUGAAGGCUGAAGAAGAAGAAGAAGAACUCAAAUACAAAAGUAACAAAACGAAUACUGUAAAUGAUUACUUUAUACAAAAUACCUACCUACUGAGAAAUACGAUUCUCAAUAUGAUUACUGGUAUUCAAAUACAAAAGUAAUCAUAGUAAUGAAAGUAACGAAUACUGUAAAUGAUUACUUUAUACAAAAGUAACGAUUUGUAACGAAUACUCGAAAGUAACUAUAAUCAACAUCACUAGUCAGCCGAAUCUCAUUUCGGCCACGCUAUAGUAUCCGCUAUGACAUCUGUGACGCCUGUCCUUUUAAUUUCCUUUUUUUUAACUAUGUCUCUUUAUUAGAAUCAGUCUAAAUAACGACCGUUCCAUUCUUCAGUACCAAUAAUAUAAUAGACUACAUAGAACAGAAUUGUUGUAGUAACUGUGCUAAUAUAGUUGGGAAGUUUGCUACAAGAGUAUUAUUUUAAAUUUCUUAAUUGAAAUUCUAAAGAUGAAGCUGUAUAGAUAAUAAAGAAUAUAGUCAACACAUUCUUUUUAUUCGCCACUUUUCAAGUACAUAUUUCAUUUAUUCUUCCAAUAUCUCUUUUAUUCCAUAAUAGUAAUAGUAGCUGAGGAUCUAGGUAUGGCAAGAGAGAUGGUACAGGAACUCGUUGUGACUACAGAAAAUGUAGGUUUAAAUAUAAACAUCUCGAAAACAAAAAUAAUGACAAAUCUGGUACCCAACCAGAACAUCAGUAUUGGUGGGAAAGAAAUAGAACUCGUAGAUAGAUAUAAAUACCUGGGACAUGAAAUUACGAUUGGCAGGGAUAACCAGACUAAUGAACUGAAGAGAAGAAUCGGCUUUGGGUGGGCAGCAUUUGAAAAACUGAGAGAAACCUUUAAAAGUGAGUUGCCCACAUGCCUAAAGAGAAAGGUAUUUGAUCAAUGCGUCCUCCCAGUCUUGACGUACGGAUCAGAAACACUUACCUUAACUAAAGCCUCGGCUACCAAACUAAGAGUCACGCAGAGAAGAAUGGAGCGGUCAAUUAGGAAUAACUCUGCGAGACAAAAUCAGAAACGAAGAAAUCAGGAGAAGAACAAAGGUGACUGACGUCAUCGAAGGGAGAUGGGCAGGACACAUAGCGAGAAUGACAGAUGGGCGAUGGACAAAGAGGUUAUUAGAAUGGAGGCCAAGAGAAGCGUCGGUCGACCGCCUACAAUAUGGACUGGCGACUUAAGAAAGCUAAAUAAAAACUGGAUGAGAGCGGCACAGGAUAGAUGGGGUUGGAAACUAGGGGAGGAGGCCUAUGUUCAGCAGUGGACUUUUGAGGCUGGAUGAAGAUAUCUUUUAUUACUACAGAAUAGAUUAACCUGCUACGGACAGGUCAGAAGUGCAGACAAAAAACGUUGAAUAAUCAGAAUAACAGAUUGGAGCCCAAUGGGAAGAAGGGAGAUAGCCAGACCACGAAAAUAUUUCAGAGAUGAAGGAAGUGGACGAAGCAAUGAAAAGAAGAAAUCUACAGGAUGGGGACUGGCAAAACAGGAAUAACUGGAGAGAACUGUUGAGUGAAGGAAUACAGGGAAAACUGUGAAAAUCCUUAGAAUGUAAUAUACUACAUGUUAUACCGAAUGAUAUACCAAUUUUUUAAUGGAUCUUUGUCCAAUCAAAUUUUUAAGAGAAAGUUUAAAUUCGUUUUUUUAUAUCGAAAUUAUUGACCAUUUCAUCUCACCUGAAUAUUAAGGGCUCAAACUUGGUAGACGUAUUUAAAAUCAUUUAAAAUGUACAUAAAUUUAUAAUUGAUAUGUAAAAAUAUAUAACUUAGUACCCAUAACAUGUUUUAGAAUAAUAGCCAUUUCUUUAUGUUUUAAACCUACAUAUUAAUUUUAUCAAGAUAUAUUUGGGAUCGUCUUCGUGCUUGUAUGGAUGGUAAUAAAAUAUUUCUAGAACUAAUUUUUUUUUAAUGUAAUAUUAUGAAGUGAAACCAGUGAUACA